CGCGGCGUGACCGUGCUGCGGGCGGCGGGCCAGGGCUCGCACGCUCCAGCGCCGCGUCCCCCGGCCCGGCCCGGCCCCCCCGAGCCUCUGAAGUGCGGGUGGGGGCGCGGGGGGAGCAGCCGCGCUGGCGGCCGGCCCAGCCCCGGCUUCCCCGCCUCUAUAUAAACACACAUUUGACUUUCUUUUUUACUCAAACUGAACAUUUGAGAGGGGCUUUGCCCGGCAGCCCUGCCUCCCCUCUCCUCCUUCUUCUUCUUUCGCUCAAAGUCUGUGAAACUCCGGGGCUAACAAAUAAGAUAUAUAUUUAUAGGGAGAUAUUUAUAUGUAUAUAGAGGGAGAGAGAUAGGGAUAUAAGCCGAGCUGUCUCGCUCCGUGUGUGUAGAUACAUAUAUAUAGCUAUUUAAUUCUUACAUCUCUCCGGGUCGUGCCUGAAUUAUUUUAAGAUUCUUUUUAACUUUUUUUGGGCUUUUUUUUUUUUUAAAUCUCGCUCCUUUUUUUUUUUUAAAUUCUUUUUUCUUUCCUUUUUUUUUUUUUUUUCUUUCCCUCCCUUCUGGUGUGUGUGGCUUUGCCUUGAAAGCGAGCGGGAGCCAGAGCAUCUGCAUUUGGACUUUUUUGGGGUUUUUUUUUUUUUUUUUUUUCACUCCAGGGCUUUUCUUUCCUUUUUUUUUCCCCUUUUUUUUUUUUUAAUUUUUGAAUUUUUACCCUCGACUUUUUGCCUUCUCAACCUCGCCCACCCCCUUUCUUUUGGGGGUGCCUCUUGUUAUUUUUUCCUCUUUAAUUUUUCCCCUUCCCCCCCACCUUUUCGCGCAGCGUGGGGUGUUUUCUGCUUGUGUGUUGGGUUUGUUUUUUAUUUUAUUUUAUUUUUAUUUUGUUUAUUUUUUUUCCGCCUGUGUCACUCUGUCAAGUUUAUCCCAAACAAAGUUUUCAGAGAGAGAGAGAGAGAGGCGGAGGAGAAACAGCUUUUUGCCUUUUUUUUUUUUUUUUUAUCCUUUUCAUUCUCCCCCACUUCUUUUUCCCCGGUUGUUUUUCCAACCUGCCAGCGGAGAGAGGGGGGCGAGCCCGGCCCCCCUCGCCCCAAGGACCCCCCAGGCAGCUUUUAACGCGCGCUCCGCAAUCGCCCUUUUUUUCCCCCCGUGCGUGCGUUGUGUGUGUGUGGGUGCGAGUGUGGUGCCUGUCAAGGGGCUGUUUCUCUCCCCACCCUCCUCCUCCUCCUUCUUCCAAAUAUGCUUUUUGCAAGUUUUGAUCUCGUCUCGGCACUGGCUACCCUCGCCGCGUGCUUGGUGUCACUGACUUUGCUGCUGGCCGUGUCCCAACAGCUGUGGCAGCUCCGCUGGGCUGCCACCCGCGACAAAACCUGCAAGCUACCAAUCCCUAAAGGCUCCAUGGGAUUCCCUUUAAUCGGAGAAACCUUCCACUGGCUCCUGCAGGGCUCCUGCUUCCAGUCUUCCCGGCGGGAGAAGUACGGGAACGUCUUCAAGACGCACUUGCUGGGGCGGCCGCUGGUGCGGGUGACGGGGGCGGAGAACGUGCGGAAGAUCUUGAUGGGGGAGCACCACCUGGUGAGCACCGAGUGGCCCCGGAGCACCCGCAUGCUGCUGGGACCCAACACCGUGGCCAACUCCAUCGGCGACAUCCACCGACACAAGAGGAAGGUUUUCUCCAAAAUCUUCAGCCACGAGGCGCUGGAGAGUUACCUCCCCAAGAUCCAGCUGGUGAUCAAGGACACCCUGCGUGCCUGGAGCAGCAACCCCGAGUGCAUCAACGUGUACCACGAGGCGCAGAAGCUGACGUUCCGCAUGGCCAUCCGCGUCCUGCUGGGCUUCCGCAUCCCCGACGAGGAGCUCGGCCGCCUCUUCGAGGUCUACCAGCAGUUCGUGGAGAACGUCUUCUCCUUGCCCGUGGACCUGCCCUUCAGCGGCUACAGGAGGGGAAUCCGGGCACGGGAGACGCUGCAGAAGGGGCUGGAAAAGGCCAUCCAGGAGAAACUGCAGAACACGCAGGGCAAGGACUACGCUGAUGCCUUGGACAUCCUGAUAGAGAGCGGGAAAGAGCACGGCAAGGAGUUAACCAUGCAGGAGCUGAAGGAUGGCACCCUGGAGCUGAUCUUCGCCGCCUACGCCACCACGGCCAGCGCCAGCACCUCCCUGAUCAUGCAGCUCCUCAAACACCCCCGAGUGCUGGAGAAGCUGCGGGAGGAGCUGAGGAGCAAAGGGAUCCUCCACAACGGCUGCAUCUGCGAGGGCUCCCUGCGGCUGGACAACAUCAGCAGCCUCCACUACCUGGACUGUGUCAUCAAGGAGGUGCUUCGGCUCUUCACCCCCAUCUCCGGGGGGUACCGCACGGUGCUGCAGACCUUCGAGCUGGAUGGUUUCCAGAUCCCCAAAGGCUGGAGUGUGAUGUACAGCAUCCGGGACACCCACGACACCGCCCCGGUCUUCAAGGACGUGGACGUGUUCGACCCCGAGCGCUUCGAGCAGGGCCGGAGCGAAGACAAGGACGGCAGGUUCCACUACCUCCCCUUCGGAGGAGGAGUACGGACCUGUCUGGGGAAGCACCUGGCCAAGCUUUUCCUCAAGACCCUGGCCAUCGAGCUGGCCAGCACCAGCCGCUUCGAGCUCGCCACCAGGACUUUCCCCAAAAUCACCCUGGUGCCCGUGAUCCACCCGGUGGACGGACUCAAGGUCAAGUUCUUCGGACUGGAUUCCAACCAGAACGAGAUCCUGGCGGGGACGGACGCCAUGCUGGGGGCCACCGUGUAGAGCCCACGCCGGCGGCG